GUUAAGAGGUCUCUUCUCUUGAAUGGUCUGAGGAAUACGUUUGAUGGGUGAUAUGGGAGACCCUCAUGGGUCCGCUCACCUGGAAGCUCUUUAGCAAUGGCAGCAGCCUGGAUAUCUGUGGACAGUCACAUUACAUUAACUGUUACGUUUGUCUUCACGAUAUACAUCGAGCUCCUGAAGACAGGACAGAAAGUGAUUCUGUGAAGAGCCCUCUUUCACCUGCGUUAAGUUCAGGAAGAACAGAUAACAUCUUUGAAGGACAUUAGAAGGUUACUAGGCCAUUAAUGGGUGACAUUAGAGGACAGUGUGUGUGAGGACCUUCAGACCUGAACUCUCAUCAAGAGCACACACAUUCAUACCGCCAAAAUGAAUGAGAGACAGGCUCUUCAUUCAAUUAUGAAGGAUCUGGUGGCCCUGCAGAUGACCAGGCGCCAGACGGCGUCAACUUAUGACACGGCAAAACCUAAACCUGUCAGCACUGCCAGCUCUUCCAAAAGAAUGGAGGAUGUCAGGAUUAAGUUUGAGUUCUGUGGUGAAAGAAGGAUUCUGAUGUUUGGGAGGCCUGUGCAGUUUGAGGAAGUCCAGCAGAAAGUCAAAACAUUCUUCGGUCAGCAGUUAGACCUGCAUUAUAUGAAUAAUGAGCUGUCCAUUCCCCUGCGUGAUCAGGAUGACUUGGAUAAAGCCAUUGAUCUGUUGGACCGCAGCUCAAACAUGAAGAGCAUCAAGAUCAUGCUGCUGACACAGGAACAAAGCAAUGCCUCUUCUCCAUCUCAUCACACAUUGUGUAAGCAGGUUCGCAUCAAAACCUCUCAGUCCACCGGUGAUGUCAGUACUGCCUACCAAUCCUCAGAAACAAGAGGACGCCACCACUCCACCAGCUCUCAGAACACUGGCCGAAGUUCUCCGCCCCCUGGUUACGUUCCUGAGUGCCAACAGCGAAUCGCACGUCAGGGAUCGUACACCAGCAUCAACAGUGAGGGGGAGUUCAUACCUGAAACCAGCGACCAGUGUGUGCUGGAUUCUUGGAGCAGUGCAGAAAACUCUGUGUCUGGCAGCUGUCAGUCAUUGGACAGCAACUCUGACAGUCCCUCACUCAGGAAACCUCGUACACACAGGGUUAAGAGUUACCCUGACAACCGACAGGACUGUGCAGACCGGGAAAACUAUGUAUAUGAUAAGAUUGUAGGGAAGGGAGGGACGUACCCUCGCAGGUAUCAUGUGUCGCUGCAUCAUAAAGACCACAGUGAAGGUCGACGGACAUUCCCACGGAUCCGUCGUCCCCAGGGAAACUUGUUCACGUUGGUGCCAUCGCGGCGUUCACUGAACGGCAGUGAGGAGAGUUUGGGGAGCUGGCAGCUGGUUGAUACUCAAGCCAGACUCCGCCCACAGGACCGCCCAGUCCCUCAUAAGUCCCCUACAGCUCCAGUGACGUGGCGCAGGGGGAAGUUGCUGGGUCAGGGUGCUUUUGGAAGGGUUUAUCUGUGCUAUGAUGUGGACACAGGCAGGGAACUUGCAGCAAAACAGGUUCAUUUUGACCCUGCCAGUCCAGAGACCAGCAAGGAGGUGAGUGCUUUAGAGUGUGAGAUACAGCUGUUGAAGAACCUGCAUCACGAGCGAAUCGUUCAGUACUACGGUUGCCUUAGAGACCAUAAUGAGAAGACCCUCACCAUUUUCAUGGAGUAUAUGCCUGGGGGUUCAGUCAAAGACCAGCUGAAGGCUUAUGGGGCUUUGACAGAGAAUGUGACACGCAAGUAUACCAGACAAAUUCUGGAGGGCAUGUCCUACUUGCACAGCAACAUGAUCGUCCACAGGGACAUCAAAGGUGCCAACAUCCUGCGAGAUUCAGCCGGCAAUGUGAAGCUGGGAGAUUUUGGUGCCAGUAAGCGGCUUCAGACCAUCUGCAUGUCCAGCACUGGGGUCCGUUCUGUUACUGGAACGCCGUACUGGAUGAGCCCAGAGGUCAUCAGCGGAGAGGGGUACGGCCGGAAGGCAGACGUUUGGAGUCUAGGCUGCACUGUGGUGGAGAUGUUGACAGAAAAGCCUCCGUGGGCUGAAUUCGAGGCCAUGGCAGCCAUAUUUAAGAUUGCCACUCAGCCCACCAACCCCCAGCUGCCCUCUCACAUCUCCGAGCACACGCGGGACUUCCUCCGCUGCAUCUUCGUGGAGGCCAAAUACCGGCCGAGUGCAGAGGAGCUGCUCAGACAUCCCUUCUCCCAGAUCUUGUGCUGAGGUUUUCCCUCUAGCUGCUUCCACGGGUUAAAAACCCUCAUUUUUCUUGUUAAAGAGUGAUAAACUCAGCUUCAAAGGCAAUCUGCAUUUCCACAGCAUGUGACCUGCCAGCACCCAAUCUGGGUUGUCGCCAGGAUUAGGUCAAAAAACUGGUUUAUUCUCUAAUGGCUUGAAAUGCGAUGUCUUUGGGACAGCAGAGGGCGCUACAGGACUUUCAUGAUGCACAUGCUCUUCAUUACAGAAAUAAACAGAUUGAUGGUGUCCCAGGAUUAGCAGAUGCAACAGACAUGAUACUGUUUGAGCCACUGAGCUGCUUCUUACAACAACUGCCAAAUGUGCCUUCUAAAGCCGACAGGGUCAAUCUCACUGACCCCUGAAUGAGUUUUUCAGACAUCAAGAAAGUGUCCUAGUAAUGAAUGUUUCAUACAGUCCACAGCAGAGUUAUGAAGUCAGUGUUUUUAUGUGCCAUUUCCCCUUCCACACGGAUUCCCGUGUGCGCCCAUUGUCUCUUUGACUCCAGGCACUUAGUGUUAAAGGAAACGUAAUAAUUGUGUCCCGGUUUGUUCCUGCCUCAGAUGAUUGAGGGUCAUACGCACGUCAGUCUCAUAUGGUUUGCAUUCGUGAUUAAUCGUAUAUAUAUAUAUAUAUCAAUUAAUCUUCAUCGAAUUGCACUUCCUU